AGUGAGCAAAUGCGAGAUAUCCUGCGAGAUGCAUGACUCCUGUGCGUGUUGAAAUUUAUAACGGAGACAAAAAGAGGAAAUGAGUCUUUCCGUGGUCGCUUCUUCUUUUGUGAGUUUCAAAGAGUAAGACACCGGAGGAUCACUCGAUAAGGUGAGAUGAGGGACCGACUGGGAGAGCUGUCCUCAAAGGCUGCAGAGGAGGAGUGCAGGCCUCAGGAGAGCCAGAGCCCCACAGAAUAUAACGAUGAGGAGCUUCUGGAGCAUCAAGCCAUUGUGUUUGAGGGCGAGGACGAGAUGGAUAGCACAUUCAAAGAGGCCCAGGCACUCAGGAAGGAGAUGCUGCUGCUCAGAAUGGACGUGAAGCGGCUUGGGAAGCAGAACACAAGGUUCCUCACAUCCGUCAGGAGGUUCAGCAGCAUCAAGCGAGACUCCAACGCACUCGGAAGGGACAUCAAGGCCAGGGGGGAAGCCAUUUACAAUCGACUUCAGAAGCUGGGAAAGCUAAGCAAAGAGCUUGAGGAGGAGCAUGGGCCUACAUCUGCUAUUGCUCGCAUGGUGCGUUCACAGUACAUCUCUCUAACUACAGCCUUUCACAAUGCCAUGUCUGAGUACAACGAGGCCGAGAUGGUCCAGAGGGAGAACUGCAAGACCCGCAUCCAGAGGCAGGCGGAGAUCAUGGGCAAAGAGGUGAGCAGGGACCAAAUUGAUGAGAUGAUCGAGACAGGCAAGUGGAACGUCUUCUCGGAUAAUCUGCUCCUGGAGGGGAGGACCGCAAGAUCCGCUCUGAACGAGAUCGAGAACCGACACAAGGAGCUGCUGGAGCUGGAGGGCCGCAUCAGGGACAUUCAUGACCUCUUCUCCCAAAUGGCCCUGCUUGUGGAAGAGCAGGGCUGCAUGCUGGAUAACAUAGAGGCAAAUGUUGGGACAACUCAGGACUAUGUUGCCAAAGCAACGGUUCAGAUCAAGAAAGCUGUGAAAUACAAGAAAAGCAAUCCAUGCAAGAAGCUGUUUUGUUGUUGCUUCCCGUGCUGCAGAUGAGACAGCAUCAGUGUUAUUUUUUCAAUGUCGUCAGAACAUCUAGAUUAGAUUCACAUCUGUUUACAUUGCAAAUAUGCCUGUAGUUCUUGCGUUCAUUUUGGUUGGAGCUAGAUAUAUGUUGGAUUUUGAGACUGACGCCAGUACCAGUUAUGAAGGUGAAAAGUCAGACGGUUGUGGCAGACAAAGUUUUACACUUGGUGAAUAUGCACAUGAACUAAACACAAUGUAUUGUAAAUAAUGGUCCGCUUGGCUGAACGUCUCUGUUACAUGAGAUGCAAGCAGUGCUGAGUACACUUUAGAGUCAGAGAGGGAAAUGCUUUAUGAACCUCAUAAUCAUACCAUGUCUAUAUCAACCCAUGCAUUGUUCUUUACAUAACAUGAUCUGUAAAAAAAAAAAAAAAAAAAAAAAAAUUAUAUGGAUCAGUUAUAGUUUGAAAUCAACCGGUAUCAGAAACUAUUGGCCACAUGAUGCAUCAGUCAGGCCUUAAUGUUUCAGUGUAUUUCGAUCAAAUGUAUUAAUGUUGUAAGCAGAAGUUCUAUCAAAUGUCACACUCUAGUUUAAAUCUCUUCUCUGAGCUGGUCUUCAUUUCAAACUACACUUUCAUAUGCAAAUUAGGUAAGUGAGAUAUGGGUGUUGCAUUUCCGGAUUUUGCAUGAUAACUGCAAACACAUCUAAGUUGUAAGUCAGUACAGCUGUAAGCUUUACCCUUCAACUUUCAGCUUUAAACUUUGUAGUGAUAUUCAAAACAUGUAAGUAGUGUGAAUACGUGCUUUAGAGUAGCUUUAAUACAUAUAUAUAUAGACCACUUUUCACACUCUGAAUACAGCUUCAUGGAAACUGGCACUUACGGAAGGUGUACUUCUUAUUUCAGCUGUUGCUUAACAAGUCUUUAGAAAGAACAUAUCCUCUGAUUGUGGUUAACUGGGGAGGUGAGAUAGAUUUGAGUGGAUUGUGUAACUUAAAGUCUGCUACCCUGGUUUAAAGCGAUCACCAGCCAAAGAUCAGUGCCUCAUGUUUAUCGAGACUUGUUGCUUCAUGUACAAGGUGACUCUCUUGUAUUGUCUCAACUCUAAAAAGAAUAAACAGUGUCAUCCUUCA